AAGAAGAUGAAGAGAUUAAAGAAAAAAUUCAACCCUCCUGGGAAUCUGCACUUCUUGGUAUAUAAGCAGAUAAAAAUUGGUCCAACUACCUCAGUCGCUCAUCGUUCAACUUUUCCUCUUGUACACUUCUUUUCUUCCAGAAACGGAAAUGAACCAGUUAACUAGAAUGUUUUUAACUUUGGCGACCAUUUGGUUACUUUUCGGCAAAACUGAGACUAAAUCGAACUCGGAACAUCUUUCAGUUCGUCCUAGAAUAUUUCACAAUCUUCCAUUAUUUCCCAGGUUCGCAGUGGAGGAUCAAAUUUUCGAUGAAGACGAAGACAUACCACAUCCCAAUAAACGGCAAAAAUUUGACGAUUACGGCCACAUGAGAUUUGGCAAACGUGAUCAAUUUGAAGAUUAUGGACAUCUUCGUUUCGGUAGAAAUCAACAAUAAAAAAAAGAACCAUUGCGAUUAAAAUAGUUACUCUGUAAAUUAUUAUUUUUUGAAAAUGUGGAUCCAAAAAUUUAUCAACACGUAUAAUUAUUUCUUUUUUUAACAUCCCCCUAGAAUGAAAAAAAAAUAAAAAC